AUGAUCCUUUGUGAUAAGCCGCCUUGACCGAGGGACACGAGCUUGGAACCAUGGACGGCAGAUUAACUUUCUCUGUUGUCCUUACGUCUAUUAUUCUUCUCGUGAAAUCAUGGCCGACAGAAAUACGAGUUCCUGCAAAGCAAGAACCAGGUGGGAAAAGACAGAUGUGGUAUCCUCCCCCACCGCCACCCCCACCUCCACCACCACCACCACCCCCUGGCCCACCUGGAUCAGAUGGACCCAUGGGACCCCCGGGACCUCAAGGACCAGAUGGACCUAAAGGGCCCCCAGGGCCCCCAGGGCUACCAGGACCACCGGGUAUACCAGGGUAUCCUGGAAAUCCCGCUGGGCCACCAGGUAGACCAGGACCUCCUGGACCUCCCGGACCAGCCGGGGGCCAAGGACCCCCAGGAGACAUGGGAGCAGCGGGCGCUCCUGGCGGAGCAGGCGGAGCAGGACAACACUUGGGUAAACGGAAGCGAGAAUUAACUGCGUGGGGAGAAAUCACGAGACUAUCAAGGGCUUCAAAACUGAAGAAAAUUGCUGACUUAUCUCAAGAAUUGUUAGGCUGGCUUUGACAUUGCACCACGGAUUUCCGAUAAUUUUUUUUGUAUGCAAGACUACACAUUUUGUACUUCUAGAUUCAAAGCAUAUUAACGUGGUUUCGGCAUCUUUGUUUUUAAAUUAUCACAAGUUUUAAGAGAAUAAGAUUUUGUAAACAGUUGACAGAAGAUCCUGAAACCAUCAAGGCUACAAAUUUAUCAUAAAGUUUGACAUUCUUUUUUGUGAGUUUUUGAGAACAAAAGAGAUCCGAAGAUAAAGUUUUAAUGGCCACUUUGGUUAACAGAAGAUAUUGUGGUGUUGUAGAAAUGUCCUCAGAGAUUAGUGAAAUAAAGAUAUUUAGUUGAGUCUCAA